UAUAAUAAAAGGUAAUGUGAGAAGUGAAAUAAACGAGGAGCAUAAAGUCGCGCUACCCGGCGCCUGUGACAGUGGUAGUGUACGACAUGAAGCAAAACUGAAUAAACUAUACAAUAAAAUAAUAAACGAAAGAUGUGCACCGAGAGACACUCCACGUGAAAACUUCGUAGCUAUGAUAGAUAGAAGCGAAACCGAUAGGACACAUAAUAGAGUAAAUUCACUUCAAAUCUUUCCUCAAGUGGCCGAGACUUGGCUUAGAAUAUGUCCUGCCCCGAAAUUGCCCGGAGAGUCUAUUUGCUCUGUUGUUAUAAGAUGUGUACUGUGCCAAGUGGGUCUAGCCACAUUCCUGACUAUAUGGACGCUCGUAGCAGUGUUUUUGAUCGAAUCUUUCGAAGGUCCAAACGAACUUCAAGUGUCGUUAAAUUUUGAAAGAGAUCAAAAUCAACUCGUCAUAGAUUUAGCUACGGAGUUACGACAGAUAACACCUAUUUCGCCAAAAUGGCGGUAUGCGAUCGAGAGGAGGAUAGAGGAUGAGCGCCGACUGACUAUGAACGCGGUCGGUCUCGGCGCUCAGAUUAAGUCUGGAUGUUUCUGGAACCUGUCUGGAGCGUUCCUUUUCACAGUUUACGUUAUGACAGCGUUGGGUUUCGGCGCUCCAGUGCCCCACACGGUUUGGGGCCGGACCCUGGCGUUAGUGUAUGCCGUACUCGCCGUUCCCACACACAUAUACCUCAUGAUGAAUGCCAGUACCUACGUCGCUAUUAAAGUAGAGAGCUAUACGCGAUAUUUGGAGAUAGAGAAAAAUACACGACUAACUGCUUCCGCCAACACAUCUAUCAAUAAAGAAAAAAAAUCUACAUCGUCGGCGAAACCGAACAAACCCUUUUGUAUACGAACGACCAUACGCUGUAUGAAGGUAGCGCUGGUAGGUCGGUGCGUGCCGAUCGCAAUAUUCUCCUACUACCUGCUCGGCGUCGUUUGUUUCGGUGUACUGCGCAAUAAAAACUCCCUGGAAUGUAUUAUGUUCCCCCUGGAAUUUACGACUACUGGAGGAUUAGCGCUUGUAAAUAACUACGUGCGGAUCCUGUACGGUUUGUACAUAGAAGGCGCUAUGUAUCUGUUUGCGUGUACAGUCGCAUCUAUACGACGAAACACCAACAUCACGCUAGUACACCUGGGAGAAAGAUACAGACUGUUCGAGAAAAAUACGACGCAACAUUAACGACUGAACUAUUAUUAUAUUCAUAUUCUAUUCUGAUA